CAUUUGUCAUUUUUGACGUUUCCUCGUCAACAAAAACUCGCGAUCUUUUCGAGGCUGAUGAAAAAAUUAAAAAAUACCAUUUACAGCGCUAAAAGGUACUGAAAUAUCCAACAAUGGCAGGCGUUCUGUUUGAGGACAUAUUCAACGUUAAGGACAUGGAUCCAGAAGGCAAGAAAUUCGACCGCGUGAGUCGAUUACACUGCGAAUCAGAAUCGUUCAAAAUGGAUCUAAUUUUGGACAUUAAUUCCUGGAUUUAUCCGAUGGAGUUGGGCGAAAAGUUUCGGUUGGUGCUGGCUACUACCCUCAGGGAGAACGGGUACCCCGACGGAGGGGAAUGGAACCCUCUGGAGACGGAGGGAAACCGCGCCGACAGCUUUGAGUAUGUCAUGUCGGGGAAAGUUUAUAGGAUAGAAGGCGAUGAAGCAGCCAUGGAGCCAGCGUCCCGGCUCGCAGCAUACGUCUCAUUCGGUGGACUCCUCAUGCGUCUGCAAGGAGACGCGAACAACUUGCACGGAUUCGAAGUAGAUCAGCACAUGUACCUUCUGAUGAAGAAACUAGCUUUUUAAUGUCUUUAUAGUGUUAGGUUAUUAAAAUAAUUCAAAUACACCCACAUUCACAAACAAAGUGAAGCAAUCUAAUGCACAGCGUUGAAUAGAGCUCUGUGAUUGGUUUGUGUGUCACCCUGUGUGUCCACGCGCACUGUGAGACCUCAUAGUAAUGUUUGUGAAGGUGUUAAAGUCUUAAAAACUAUUUUGUAGAUUUUCAUCAUUUUGAGUCUUCAAAUGAAAUUCCAGUGUGAAACAAUAUUGACUACAGCAGUUACAAUAGGUUAAUUGUUAAAUGUAAUAUAAGAUUAAAAUUAUGUAAGUUUCUA